AUGAAGACUGCCGCCUUUGCUCUCCUGGCUGCCGCCAGCGUUGAGCAGGUUGCUGCCACCUACUCCCUCGGUGGCUCUUGGACCAACGCCAAGCCCUACAGCUGCCCUGGCAACACCGACAACAACUGCAACACCCAGCAGCACAACGGCUGGGACUUCAGCGACGUUCCCACCGGCGUGAUUGGACACUAUGGAGGAUUCGACUUCAAGGGCUGGUCAUGCGAGAAUGACUUCAGCAAGCGUGAUACCCUCCUGAGCGCUCGUACCUUUGGUGCUACCGGCCGCUCCAUCUCUGGCCAGUGCACGGGCGACAAGAAGACCACCCCUUGCAUCUCUGCCAGCGCCGGCAACGACCACUUCUCCGUUGACACCUUCUCCAUCUCGGUCGAGUUUGAUACUCGUAUGGAGUUCCACUACGACAUGCCCGACGGCUCUACCUGCAAGCACUCUGCCUCGUGCUCGUCCCACGGAACCACCGUCAAGAACACCCAGUGCGGUGGUGCUAAGAGUGUAUCCAUCGUCUACCCUGGCGGUGGUAAGGGCGGCAAGUCGUCAUGCGGCACCAAGGUUCACCACAUCACCUGGAACUGUGGCAACAACGCUCCCCCCAAGCCCUCUCACUCUCAGCCUGCCUACACUCCUCCUGGCGGAUCUCACCACACCAAGCCUUCUUACUCCCCUCCCGUCUACACUCCCCCCAGCGGUGGUCACCACACCAAGCACACCAAGCCUGCCUACUCUCCUCCUGCUGGUGCCGAGACCACCACUGCCCCUGCUGGCGCCGAGACCACCACUGCUCCUGGUGAGACUUACACUGCUCCCGCCGAGACUUACACUGCUCCCGGUUCUGAGACGACCACUGGCCCUGCCGGCGCUGAGACUACCACUGCUCCUGGCGAGACCUACACUGCUCCCGGUUCUGAGACGACUACUGGCCCUGCCGGUGCUGAGACCACUACCGCUCCUUCUGGCGAGACCGAGACCACCACUGCUCCCGCUGGCGCUGAGACUACCACUGCUCCUGCUGGUGGCGAGACUACCACUGCUCCCUAUGGCGUCCCCACCGACACUGCUACCACCGAUGUUGUCGUGAGCACCUCUGUCAUCACUGCUCCUGGCGGCGAGACCACCACUGGCUCUGCCGGUGCCGAGACCACUACCGCCCCUGCUGGCGAGACGACUACUGCUCCCGGUGCUGAGACGACUACUGGCCCUGCCGGUGCUGAGACUACCACUGCUCCUACUGGCGAGACCGAGACCACCACUGCUCCUACUGGCGAGACCGAGACCACCACUGCUCCCGCUGGUGCUGAGACCACCACCGCUCCUGGUGGCCAGACCUACCCCGUCCCUGGUGAGACCACCACUGCUCCCGCUGGUGCCGAGACUACUGCUCCCGCUACCACCGGUGGCUCUGAUGCCGUCACCACCGGCCCUGGUGCUCCCUACACCACCGUCUACCAGACCACCUCGACCGUCUUCACCACCUCUGUCCACACCAUCACCAGCUGUGCCCCUGAGGUGACCAACUGCCCUGCCAGAACCGACAAGCCCGUCGUCACCACCGUGACCGUUGCCGUUAGCACCACCAUCUGCCCCGUCACUGCCACCAUCACCCCCGGUGCUCCUCUGCCCACUUCCGAGGCCGCUGCUCCUACUGGCUCCGGAUCUACCCCCGACCAGUCUCUUCCUUGCCCCGAUGUCCUGCCCAAGUGCAUCAACACCUGGUUGACUCUGGUCCCCGACUGCAAGGACAACACCGACGCCGCCUGCUACUGCCCCAGCAAGGAUCUCGUCCAGUCCGUGUUUGAGUGUAUCUACUCCAACGGAAACAACGAUGAUGACGUCUCUGCCGCCAUCACCUUCUUCCAGGGUGUCUGCGCUGGCUAUGCCGGUUCCAACCCUGCCGUUGCCACUGGUGCUGCCCCCAUCACCUCCAUCAUCACCGUGACCGGCACUCCUUAUGCUACCCCUACCCAGUACACCACUGUCGUUGUUGAGACCACCGUCACCGAGCCUUGCGUCUCUGAGGGCACCACCAUCCCCGGCAGCAGCACCACCUACUACGUCUCGACCGCUCUCACCGUUCCCCAGGUCAGCAUCACUGCUGCCCCCCCUGCCGGUCAGCCUACCUACGUUGCUCCCCCUCCGGCCGAGACUGCUCCCGUCGAGACCGCCCCUGCUGCUCCCCCCGCCGGCCAGCCUACCUAUGUUGCUCCUCCUGCUGCCCCCAUCGGCACCGCCACCGGCACCGGAGCUUUCCCCGGCAACACUGGCCUCCCCGUUAUUGGCGCUGCUGGCCGCGUUGGCGCCGGUAUGAGCCUGGGUCUCGCCGUCAUGGCUGCCGUCUUUGCUCUGUAA